AUGAAUGUUGAGAUUUGGGUGAACUCAAGUCAAGUUCAAGUGUUGUCAGACACAAUAAAUGGUGUGAUAAAUGAAGCUACACGUAAUAGUAGUUCAGUAGGACAUUUUGGUACAGGGGAUAAGAAUUUUACAUUGUUGGAUAGAGUGUAUUGUUUGGCGCAGUGUACGCCAGAUAUAGAUAACUUUGGAUGUAACACUUGUUUGAAAAAUGCCUUGGUUGUGAUGAAUUCGUGUUGUCGAGGGAGUAUAUAUUCGAAAAUAUUCCUGCCUAGCUGCCAGUUGAGAUAUGAUUUGACUCAGUUUUACAACGUUACUUUACAAGUAGUACCAAUUACUCCUCACUCCGAUACGCCAUUUUCUGAAACAGGUGAUGAAAUCUACUUUUGA